AUGAUGUCCAAAUCGACGGACACGGAAAUGUGGAAGGAGCUAGUAUCGAUCUACGAGGGAAAGAACAACCCUGCCAUGACGGCACAGAAGGUAUACCGCCUGCAGUGCGAGCUACACAAGACCAUCUUACGCGAGCGGGACGACGUUCAAAGUCAUCUGUACAAGCUAUUUGACAUCAAGAACAGACUGAAAGAAUUGGAAUCGCCAGUGAACGAUCUACAAAUGGUAAACAGGAUGUUGCGGAGCUUGCCAACGAUCCCGAGUUACAAUGAACUCCGACGACGCAAAGUGUUAUUUAGCUCCAACAUGGGCAAAUAUACACCGGAUCUGGUUCGUGAGUUGAUUCUUACAGCAGAGUUACGCAAUAAAGAUUGGGAUAACAACGCCUUUGAAAACAGGCAAAGUAACAAGACGCAACAAAAAUCAAGUGGUGCUCAGCAAUAA